AUGAGUAACAUAGCUUUAUCGCCACCACAACAGCAGCAGCAACAACAGCAGCCGCAAGAACAGCCGAGACACAAUCAAAUUUCUCCUCAAUCACUGGAGUUGCUUACCCCACACCACCACAGUAGUACUUCCACUACCCCCACAACCAACACAACUGAGUCAACCACUAUCACUACUACGCCCUCCACCACAGCCACCACCACCACAACAUCAUCGCAAAAGAACAAGAGAGACGGUACUAGACCUUACAAAUGCCCCCACUGUGAAAAGGCAUUCCAUAGGCUAGAACACCAGACAAGACAUAUACGUACACAUACUGGUGAAAAGCCUCAUGUGUGUAAAUUCCCAGGAUGUACAAAGAAAUUUAGCAGAUCAGAUGAGUUGACAAGACACUUGCGAAUCCAUACCAAUCCAAACUCUAGAAAAAACAAAAAAAAUGAAAAGGUCAAAAAUGAGAUUGUUUUUAAGAAUACAACCACUGGCACAACGGAGGCUAAACAACAACAACAACAACAACUUCAACAACAACAUCAACAACAACAGCAACAACAACAACAACAGCAACAGCAGCAACAGCAGCACCAGCAGCAACUGGGUAACACAAAUGGGUCUACUAGAGGUAGAAAAAAGAAUGGAGGUGACAGCUUGGUCGCCACAUCACCACCUUCAUCACCGGGAAGUAGCUCUUCCUCGAGGAUGGAUAUCGACUUGGACACAUCACAUCAAAAUGAAGCACAGACAUUUACUGAACAAACGCUUACUCCUACCGCUACCCCCAACUUCAAAGAUGGUGCUCAUGCGUCUCUUCCAAGCACUGCCACCCCUUCACAAGAGUCACUCACCAUGAACAAGAACUUUUCAAGUAUAGAUAUACUAGCACUGGCUGCCACCCAAGAACUAGCUAGUAUAGAACUGUCCAGAUCACUUCCAUCACUAGUUGAUCAUUUCCACAACGAGUCACAUAAACCACAAAGUCUGGAUUUCAAAUUCUCACCACCUAAAUUCCUGAAUUUGAAUCUGGAAUUAAGUCGAGAUAAACCAUCAUUCCAUUUCAACGAUACAGGAAAUUUAACGUACUUGUCAAAUAUAGCAAGCAGAUUUUCUGGUAUUCCAAGAAUGACUCCAUUAGAGCAACCACAGCCACAGACGCAGCCACAAACGCAGCCACAACCACAGCCACAACCACAACCACAACCACAACCACAGCCUCAAUCACACACCAGUCGCAAGCAAAACAUAUCCCAAGACUCUGACAUUGACUACCUCAAACUGAAACUCAAAAAAUCUAGACCCAAUAGUCCUAAACUCUACCAGUAUGGUAAAUUCAAUAACCACCACAGUACUUACACCUUGCCCAACUCACCUGUUCUUGGAUUAUCUACAAAUACAACUCCACUAAUGUCGGCAAGCAAUAGUUGUACUAAUUUGUCGUUGUUGGCUAUGACGCCAGCCACUACAGGCAGCAACAAUAACAACAACAACAGUAACGCUGGUGGUAGUGGUAUUCCGCUACCACAUAAACAACCCAGCACGCCAUCGAAGGCUACAUUUAGUUUUCCAAAGAUGUCUCCCUCAUCGACUGAGGCAUUACCGAGUCUCAAAAGCUUAAAUCUACCUAUAGGUGAUUAA